CCUGAUAUUGGGGUGCCUAUCUCAGUUGGGCCAUUUUCAGGGUCACCGCACAUCGAGCCAGAGAUGGGCGCGCAGGCUCCAACCAAGGAGGUCCGUGGAGUGAGGAUGGAAAGGGUGUCAGAGGAGACUGAAGAGGCGAAGUCUACCAGGGUACAGGCCCGCCUUGCCGAGGUAUAUGAGCAGAAGGAAAGGAUGGAGGCGGCACAGAUAGCGCCGACACCACCAGUUGACCCCAGGACGAGCGAGCAAAGGAUUGACGAGUUAUGGGCCAGAUAUGAGAGCCGAAGGGAGGCAACUCGCCAGAGGUUACAAGAGGCAGGGCAGGCGGACGAGAGGGCAGAUGAGGCAAUAGAAAUUGGGGGACUGGGAUUUUCCGCCGCCAGGAUGGCCAUCGAGCGGGUGGACAGAAGGAUACGACAAGCAGCAACCACAUCCUUCUACAGAUAUACUCUGCUUAGUGACGAGCUGGCAAUUAGGAAGGGAGAGGUGGAGCAGCUGACUGCUCAGCUUGCAGAAGAAAGGGUUGAAAACAAGGCCUGGAGGGCUCGGUUGGAGGCCAAAGCAGCUGAGUGGGAGAAAAAGCUCAAGGAGAUGUCAGCUGCAGUGGAAAGAUUUUCGACAACUAAGGUGGUCGAUUGGACUGAACAGAGCAGAUAUGGCAUUCAAGGCGAAGGGAUGCAGGGACUGUUUGGACAAGGAGAGGCGGCAGAGACAUCUCAGCAGGAAAAAUUAAAGAAUGUGUUUCUGGACCCGACUGAAGUAGAGGCGAGGAGAGAGGCUAACAAGGGAAGUUUUGAGUUCAAGGCUCCCACUGAGUUAGCCUCGCGGCAAGAAGCCCCUAUUUCAGCUAAGUCCCCUGUGGAGGUGCCAACUCAGGAGCCUCAGCCUGCACCUGUUGAGGAAGAAGCUGCAGAGGAGUCGCUCACGAUCCUUUUGGAAGUGCAAGAAAAGACCCUUACUGGGGCAGUGGUACCUCCUCAGUCUGAGGCACAAGGGAAAAAGUCGUAGCGUCUGGACGAGUUGAUGGCUGUCAUGGAGGUAGAUAUGUCACCAGAGAGGCCUCAGAGACUGGGGACCCCGGAGCUUGUGUCGGAAAUGAGGGAGU